GGCGGAGAUCAGAUAGUCAGUUACCAUGGAGCAGCAGGUGGAGCGGUUACGGGUGAGAUUGGUGCCCGCCGGCACGGCAGAGGAACGUGCCAGGAAUAUCAUUGCCAAUGUGGUCGUUGAGGAUGGCCUGGUGCCCUACAUCGAUGAUCAUGUGGCGGAGAAAGUGACGCUGAUUCCCCAGCAGUCGGCUGCUCCAGUUUCCGCCUCCCAACGGGAACCAACCAUCCGGUACUACGCCGUUGGACCCUCCACCUACAAGCUGUUGUGCCCACUCUGCCGGGAACGGAGUCAGGCGGCGGUGAUGCGGGCAGCCAGCUGCAAGGACGCCAGUUUGUGCCUCAGCCUGCUGUCCUGGUUGCCAGCUGGCUUGGCAGCGUUUCGCUUUCAGUUCGAUUGUGGAGCGAUCAUGACGACAACGCUGCCGGAGAAGGAGGCGGCCACGCAGCAGGAGAUCAGGGAGCGGGAGGCCAAGGCUCUGGAGCAACGAAAGGAGCGCAAGAUCUACGAGAACUUUGCCACGCCCCUGGCCGGCACUUUUCUCAAUCUGCCACACGAGCCCGUGGAGAUCAAGUGCCCCGCGUGCGGCAUCAAGGAUCUGAGUGUGGUGCAGAAUGAUCUGAAGUGGUGGGCCAGUGAGAUAAACCGCAUUGUGGGCUGUCUCUUCGUGACCUUCUGUUGCUGCUGCUGCUUCAAUUACUUUGUGCCCUGCAAGCAAACGGAUCGAAGUCAUUACUGCGGCAAUUGCGGCUGCUACUUUGGACGCUCUAUGAAGAGGCGGCAGCCACUCAAAUUGAAGGCAACCACCGCCUAGGCAGCAUUGUUCGCAUAUUUAUUGAAAUUCCUGCAAGACACUCGACUUCCCACCCACUGCAAUACCAUAAAACACAAAAAUAAACCGAAAAUAUCAUACUCUC